CUUUAUUCGUGAAUAAUGGAGAAAAUUGCUUUUAUCUUGGCGUUAGCUGUUUGCUACUCAGGUGCUGUUCCAGUAGACGAGAAUUCAGGAAUAUCCAGGAUUAUUAACGGUGGUGUCGCCGGGAGUAACGAUUUUCCAUAUGCGGCAUCAUUACAAUUGACGAGUGAGGCGACGCAGCCACUGCGUGGUCACAGAUGUGGCGGAGUACUAUUCACCCGUCAGCACUCUCUUACCGCUGCUUCUUGUCUCCAUGAUGUCGUUAAUGGAACACCGCAAAUGAUAAUAGCACAGGCAUAUCAAGUUUUUGCUGGAGCUAGAUUUUUCAAUGAGACGACACCAGAUAGAGUAAGGCCCGUUGCGAACUUCUCGAUACCCGAUAAUUUCAUUUAUUGGUCUCGUUUGAAUGAUAUCGCAAUAGUCACGCUGGUUUCACCGUUCCCGGCGACCGCGGUUACUAUAGCACUACCAGCUGUUGAAUACAACCCUGUUGAUUUUACUGAGUGCACAGUUGCUGGAUGGGGUGGCAUGAAUAAUAGUGCUGUUGCCUCUCAACAACUGAUGUUUGCCAGGAAGUACAUUUACAAUCAGCACAUGUGCACAUUAGUGUUCAAUCCAAAUUUACAAAUGCUGAACAUAAUGCCUACAAUGCUUUGCGCGGCUUCGUUGAACAGUGUAACUACUUCAUGUCAGGGAGACAUUGGUAAUGCGUUGGUCUGCAACAACACUCUUACAGGGAUCUUAUUCUAUGACCAAAACUGUGGACCUAGUACGUUCCCUGAACUUUAUACAAGAGUAAACAACUACACCACGUGGAUCAGAACUGUUUCUAGAUCAAGUUCCACUUUUGCUCCUGGUGCCUUUAUGCUGCUUUUGCUUUCUGUGCUAAUAUUUAUUACUGCCUAAGUUGUUAGUUUGCUAUAUUUAAUAAAGGCUCAGUGUAGCAGAAAUGUUUAUUUGUUUUACGGACGUAUAGUACUUAUUUAUUUAAUUCAGGCAACAUGACCUAUAUACAUGACGCCCUUCGGUCAAAACUCCUCCUUCAUGAAGGUCGACAGAUGUUGACUUGGUACUCUCACCACAAAUGAAUUAAAAUUCACUUUGUGGCGGGACCCGAACCGCUAGACCCUCAGGGUAACAUUGACUUUCAUACGUAUGUAC